GUCCCCUCGGGUCUCCAGCCCAGAAUUUUCAUUCCACUGAUAGCAGCCGAACUGUGAACAACAGAACAAUACAAGUAUUUAAGGUCUAAGCAAGAGCAACAAAACUUUUUAACAUGUCUUCUGAAGAAUCACCCGGUGGAGGCGAGGGAGGCGAUGGAGCCGGAUCUGGAUCGGCAAAGGGCACGACCACGGCCGGAGCCGCCCUGAUGAUGGCCAGCCCUUGGCUGACGGUGGCCGCUGCCACCGCCUACACCACAACCGCCAUGUGGGCCAAGCUACGUGAAAUGGGCAUAUUCAAGAGUUUGCGGGGUCGCAAGUCUGCCGCCGCCGCCGCCGCCGCCGCAGCCGACGACGAGGAUGCCGCCGAUGCCGCUGGUGACGCCUCGCAGACAACCGAUGAGGUGCUAAAGCUGUUCCAGGACGGAACUGCCAUCGAUGGCUUGCUACUGCAGGAUCAGGAACUGCAGCAGCGUGAAGAGGGUCUGGGACCCGAUCGACCACUAGAGUUGUCGCCCAUUGGCUUCUAAAUGGGUGGCCACAGGAUGAGGACACAAAUGCAACACUAACUACACACACACACACACCGCACACUUAAUGGUUUAGUUACCCACCCCCCCACACACGAAAAAAGGGAUACAAACGGACACUGAGAACCCACACGCACACACCAAAGAUAAUUGUAAUGCUUGCGCGUUCCAAGGGGGAUGGAUAAGCAGGAGGACACACACAUCGCCACCCUCAAGGCCAACACAAAUUGUUAGUCAUAAUUCUGGCAAUCGAAAUUAAUUGUGAAUCAAACACGAUGAUGUUAAAGCCUCCUCGAAUGACAAGAUGUAUCCCACAUCAAUCUGCAUCAAUACAUAUAAACCAUUUAUUGAAAGACAA